CCUCCAGAUACGUACCUUAUCCACACCCAUCCCUGCAGAUAAGGCCAGGAACGGUAAGUACUGAGGUACUUGGGAAUUUUUCACCUUCUUCGUAACGCAAGGCUGAACUUGCAUUGUCCUUCUAUUCUACUUGUCAAUUCUUCACUCUCAUUCAGACCAGACCAACCAACCCAUUUUCAACCUUGCGCAACAUUGCAACAGACUAUUUCCAACUACACAAAUUCCCGAAUUCGAUUUCACGGCGCAUACUUUUAAUGAUGGCGGAUCAAGACUUCGGUACCGGUAACGACGCCAACGACAAGAUCACCGUCAAGACGUGGCGAGCAUGGCGAACCAUCCAUGAGAUGGUCCAGGACCGAGUAAGCGAACAACCCUAUUCCCAAUCUACCCCCCAACCCUCAGAUAUCUACUGCUGCUGCGGCUUCGGCGCGAAUGUAGCUCGAUCGCAUCCUAUACUUACGCCAUGUCACUAUUCCGUCGCGUCAAUAUGAUAUAUGUGCCUUGGUAGACGCUAAUGCGCCGACAGGGCUACGAACUAGCCGAUACCGAAGUAAACAUGACGCUCGAUCAGUUCAGGAACAUAUAUUGUAACAUCGACGGUUCCGUCAGCCGUUCGAAGCUCAAGUUCUCGGCGCGCCCGAGCCCGGAGAUGAUCAAGAAGAUGACGCCGAUCGCGACACCCUCAAACCCGGACCCGAAGGCGGACGUGGGCACGAUCUGGGUGGAGUUCCUGGACGAGGACCAGCUGGGGGCGGACCAGAUGCGGCGGUUCGGCAAGUUCUGCGCGCACGAGAACCACCACACCGGCAUCCUGGUGUCGCACGUGUCGGUGUCGCCGUCGGCGAAGAAGGAGAUCGCCAAGUUCGCCCAGUGGACCUCCAUCGAGUGGUUCCUCGAGGAGGACCUGCUGAUCAACAUCACCCACCACGAGCUCGUCCCGCGCCACGUCGUCCUCUCCCGGGAGGAGAAGGCCGCCCUGCUCAAGCGCUACCGCCUCAAGGAGACCCAGCUCCCCCGCAUCCUCCAGAAGGACCCCGUCGCCAAGUACUUCGGCAUGAAGCGCGGCCAGGUCGUCAAGAUCAUCCGCGCCUCCGAGACCGCCGGCCGGUACGCGAGUUACAGGCUAUGCGUAUGAGUGCCGUGUUCUAGUCACUACUCUAUACCCUACAUCCUAUUAGCCUAUUACCCUAUGGCCAGUCUCGUCCGAAGCGAAGAGAAGGGGGAUAAGAUGAGAGGAGAGAGAAAAAAAAGAAAUCAUUGCAGAAACCGGCGUCUAUGAGCAUGAAACUUGAAAUUUGGCUGGGGCGGCGUUCUAUGGUUCUACAGCUCGGGGGUUCUCCAGAUUCCGAUUCUGUUUCCCUGUAGUUAGUAAGAGGAUUUUUCUACUAAUGAAUGAGAGAUUUUUUGCUCUUGGAGAUUAUUUCCGCAGUUCUGCGCCUGCAAGUGUGAGGUAGGAAAAGGGGAGGAUUGGAAGAACGCAGUCCGAGGAAGCGGGUGUCUGUCCACACGUUUCGAGGACAACCUCCGAGUAGGAGUUAAGCCCCAUAGACCCUUUGGAUUAUUCUACUUCCCAAGAUGAGCUAUAUACAUGGAUACUUUACGUAGGGAGGGUGAAACAUAGGAACUAUCCCAUUCUUAACUUUCCCUACUCAAUUACAGCCAAAGGGAAAAUAGACUCUAUCUUUUCGAUACUAUAUUUCGAAUAGCAGUAAACAAUCGUCACUAUCUGGAAUGCAAGAUUACUAAAGCAAUAUUCGAGGUCAUGGUAGUUCCCAUAAGCAAGCAAAGAAUACAGAUUCAUAAACAGGGAGUAACUAGUUUCUAC